GAAGUAACAUGUGGAACAAGAUUUCGGGUUCAUAGCUUUAGUCCAGCUCUCCUUUAACACCAAACCUCUGAACGGAAGAAUGUGGACCGUCUGGUUCAGCCGUCGUUCAACAGAACCACACUGGGUGUGUUCGUGGAUUCCAGUCUCUUUUGUUAGCUUGUCGUUGUCAGUUGUUGUCGGCUUUUAUCUGAUUCCUGAAUCGUUUCCAUGAGUCACAAUCGGAUUGAGUUAAAGGGGUAAAAAGGUGAAAACUGAACAGGAGCUGCUACACCUGUAGGAGACCUGGUGGGAAAGCUGACAGGUGAUUGGCUGAUGCCGUUCAGGUAAAACUACCUAGAAAAGGGUGGAGAGGGGCGUGAUCUGAAUUCACUGCAACGUUUGUCUGGACGAGCUUUGUGACUCCGGUUUGUCCAUUGAAAGUGGUUUUAAAACUCGAGUUAAAAUGUCUCUUUUCAAGAAGUUCUUCAAAGGUAUCAUCCACAACAGAGACCCAAAGGAAGAAACCGUCAAUGUGAAGGAGAAACCCAAACCAAAGUACUACGGGACGGUCACUCCGUAUCCAAACUUCAAUGCUAGCAGUGACGCGUCGAUCCUUCAGAGCGCCAUUCAAAGUAAAAAAGUGGAUGAGGAUGUGAUCGGUGCCAUUCUGGCGAAGAGAAACAACGAGCAGAGGCAGAAAAUUAAAGCCGUUUACGAAUCGUCCUUUGGAAAAAAUCUGGUUAAAUCCCUGAAGCCAGUCCUCAGGUCACAUUUGGAGGAUGUGGUUCUGGCUCUGCUGAUGCCUCCAGCUCAAUUCGAUGCCUACCUGCUCAGGAGAGCCACCAAGGGUCUGGGAACAGACGAGGACGUCCUCGUCGAGGUUCUGGCGACGAGAUCCUACGCAGAAAUUCAAGAAAUAAAGAAAGUCUUCAAACAAGAGUACCAGAAGGAGCUGGAGGAGGUGAUUAAGGAAGAGACCGGCGGUGACUUCACCACAGCACUGCUGGCCAUGCUCAACACCAAGCGGGACCAGAACACUGCGGUCGACAUGGAGCUGGCCAAAAAGGACGCCAAGAUUUUGUUUGAAGCUGGUGAAGGCAUCGGCAAAGCAAAUGUGUCGACCUUCAUCAACAUCCUGACCACGCGCAGCGGGCCGCAGCUUUCUAAAACGUUCCAGCAUUAUGCUGCCAUCAGCGACGUCACGCUGCCUAAAGCCCUGCAGAUGGAGCUGAAGGGAGACAUCGAGGACUGUCUCAUUGACAUCGUGAAAUGCGCCUGGAACACACCGGCUUUCUUUGCUGAGAAACUCAAUCGGGCCAUGAAGGGUCACGGUACGAGUGAUCAGACUCUGAUCCGGAUCCUGGUGAGCCGCUCCGAGGUCGACCUGCAGAAGGUCGUAGAGGAGUACCGGGCAAUGUUUGAGAGAACCCUACAUGAGGACAUCUUGAACGACACCAAAGGACAUUAUCAGAAAGUCCUGCUUGCGUUGUGCGGACCGAGUUAAAACCUCGGCCUCUGAGGAAGCAAAAAAUCUGUCAAAUUCAUGCUCUAAUAAAGUUUCUCUUUCCACUAUUUGUUUUACUGCUGCUGGUGGAAAAAAAUACAAGAAGUUUGCUUGUUUAUUGUUUGAAUUUGAGAUUAUAUCUGGAAAUUGUGUUUAAAUGGAGACGUGUCUGAUCCAACAUGCCUGCAGGAAGGACAUUUUAUGGCUAAUACUGAGAUUAACUGACACAAAUUCAAUAAAAAUACCUUUUUGAUCCCAAAGGAAAAUUAAAUGUUUUAACUGAUAUUAUCCAAGGUUCUUCAGAGUUCACCAGAAACAGACAACCUUCACUUCCUUGACAUGAAUAUGCUUUUUAUUCACUACGUAACAGAAGAUUGAUGCUUUUUUUGUAUUGUGUUGUUUUUUCUGCAAUUAUUUAGAAGUUAUGGAUCCAAUUUGAUUGAAAACACAAACAAAACUUGUAUUUAUGUUCUACAUCUCCGCUAAGACUUAGUGGAGAUGUGGAAUAGUGAGUUAGCUAAGUCAUAAUUAUGAGAUUAAAGGCUUUACUUUCACUAGA